GACAACUCGUCCCCUCACUCAUCCGGCCGCUAGCUUGAUGUCCUCACCGCCAACCUGUCUCUGCAAACACACGUGACUCGACUUGUAUAGAACAAGCAAGCAAACCAGUGAGCCAUGAGGGACGCAAGCACAGUGACGCGGGUGCUGUCGCUGGUGGUGGUGGUGGUGGUGAUGCUGCUGAUGGAGUCUGCCGAGGCCCAUGGAUUCGGGGGCAGAGGCUGGGGAUUCGGGUGGGGAGGACUCUGGGGCCGUAUGAGGAACCUUAACACCUUCUUGGAACGCUGUCUGUGUGGCUCGGACGCAUGCGCCGGCUGUUUUAACCGGGUGGAAGCAGGCAACAUUACUACUUAUGCAGAUCUCGGCGCCUGUCUGGACGCUGCAAAUGUCACUGCACUGACAAUGAACACACCUUGCAGAAACUUCUUCGGCUAAAACAGCAGAUGAUGAGAACCAUGACCUGACCAAGACCAGGAACCCAGGCCACUGCUGCUACAUCUCUGCUCCUGCUAAUUCUCCUGUUGGUACACCUCUGACCCUGCUGCUGGUGCUGCUGCUGGUGCUGCUGCUACCCUUCCGAGGAGUCCAGAAAUCUCUAGAACCCUUGUACCUUCUAACAGCGUCACUACCACCAACAGCAACAGCAGGCUUCUGUAACGCUCCAGGGCGCUAAGAGCUCGCUGACGGGGGCGAUUACUGUUCCUCCAUGAGUCUCCUCCUUGAGCCUCCUCCUUGAGCCUCCUCCACCUCCUCCUCCUCCAUCACAUCAGUUCCUCCGUCCCUCUAGUCGACACAUUGUCUAACCGUUUGUCUGUCGGUCCAUUUUUAUGUAGCGCUUCUUGGCAAAAGAGAGAGAGAGAGAGAGAGAGAGAGAGAGAGAGAGAGAGAGAGAGAGAGAGAGAGAGAGAGAGAGAGAGAGAGAGAGAGAGAGAGAGAGAGAGAGAGAGAGAGAGAGAGAGAGAGAGAGAGAGAGAGAGAGAGAGAGAGAGAGAGAGAGAGAGAGAGUGUGUGUGUGUGUGUGUGUGUGU